AUGUCAGCUAAGGUAGAAGUUGUUCCAGAGGGAGACUACAGAGACGACAGUUACGUCUCCGGCUCUGGCGAUAAGAAUGAACCAGUCCAAGUACAGAGUGAUGACGCUCCCGUCGAAGGUGAGUAG